AUGGCCAACCUUGCCUCUGCAGAGAUUAAAGCCCGCCUGGAGCGCUCAUACGACGCGAUAGCAACCACCUACAACACCUGGGCAGUUAACCAUCCAUGUUCGCUGAGGUUCUCCUAUCUAGAUCGCCUCCUCAGUCUCUUGCAGACCGAAAACCCAACAUAUGACUCAGAAGCACCAACCAAGUCGGCGCUGGAGCUGGGCUGCGGCAACGGGUACCCCAUCCUCCAACGCCUCUUUUCUGCCGGUUUGUUCUCUUGCAUUGUGGCAAACGACCUCUCCUCUGUACAGCUCAACUCGGCCAAGUCGGAACUGGAAGCGAAACAUGACAAUGUCCAGGCAGACUGGAGACAAGGGGAUAUGACAUGUCUGUCGUUUAACCCCUGCUCCUUCGACAUCAUCAUUGGCCUCUACACGCUUAUACAUCUGCCACGCUCCGAACAGCUGCUCAUGCUGGAGAAGAUCAGUCUCUGGUUGAAGCCGGGCGGGCUUGCCCUUGUCAACUUCAGCAAAGAGGACACGGAGGCCGACAUCAUUGAGGAGUGGCUGGGUCGCGAAGAGGGCUGGAUGUUCUGGUCCGGGUACGGAGCCGAUAACAUGCCGCGUCUGAUCCAACAGGUGGACGGUUUGGAGAUGGUGGUGGGUGAGCUCAGACCGGAGGACGAAGGCUCAGCUAAUGUUGAGUUUUAUUGGGUUAUCCUUCGCAAAAUACCGACACAUUAA